AUGUGGAGGACGCUUGCAAAUGCUAUUCGGUCCAAACACGACAUCUGCCUAAUUGUAGCAACAAGUGGUAUUGCAUCCCUAUUGUUACCUAGUGGGAGGACUGCUCACUCGAGGUUUAAAAUACCUGUGCCUACUUUGGAUAAUUCAACAUGCAAUAUUACUUAUCUUGAAGAUUCUGCUGAUCUACUUCGGGAGGAAAAAUUAAUCAUUUGGGAUGAAGCCCCCAUGGCAAACAAAUGGUGUUUCAAAGCACUAGACAAGACUUUAAAGGACCUUAUGAGUAGCUAUGGGAACUCUGACAAAGUGUUUGGUGGCAAAGUUGUGGUUUUUGGUGGGGACUUUAGACAAAUAUUGUCGGUUAUACCCAGGGGCAUUCGUUCUGACGUUGUGCAUGCCACCAUCAACGCUUCCUAUAUUUGGCAUUCGGUUGAGGUCUUGACCUUAACAAAAAACAUUCGCCUAACCUCGGGACCAACCGAACACGACCGGGCCGAGAUUGUUGAAUUCUCAGAUUGGCUGCUGAAAAUAGGUGAAGGGAAAAUUGGAGAACCAAAUGAUGGUCAGUUGAGGGACUACUUUAGCUCUAAUUCUGUGGAUCGGUCCAAGAUACAUGACAGGGACAUGCUUGAUGUCCUCAGUCCUGAGUUUCUAAGCUCUUUGAGAACUUCCGGAUUGCCUAAUCAUCAAAUAAAACUAAAGGUCGGUACACCAAUUAUGUUAUUGAGGAACAUCGAUCAGUCCGAAGGUUUGUGUAACGGUACACGACUAAUUGUUGCAAAGAUGGAUAGCCAUGUUCUUGAAACGCACAUCAUGGGUGGCAAAAAACAUGGCAACAUUGUAUAUAUCCCCAAAAUGAAUAUGUCCCCUUCUCAGUUUCCCUGGCCUUUCAAGUUGAGCCGUCGUCAAUUUCCGAUUAUUGUCUCCUACGUAAUGACUAUAAACAAGUCACAGGGUCAGUCCUUGGAUUGGGUUGGGCUUUACAUUCCUCGAGAUGUUUUUACUCAUGGACAAAUAUAUGUCGCACUUUCAAGAGUUAUGACAAAAAAGGAAUCAAAGUUUUAA